AAGGUCUGCUUCCGGGGUGGAGCCAGGGAGGGUGGGCGUUUAGGCUGCGCCGACCCCUCAGCCCCCCUGCAGGUGACCCUAUCCCCCGAAAAUCCUCACCCGGGGCCCCAAAUAUCCCGGCCCUAUGACCUCCAAGCCCUAUCCACCUAAAUGCCCCAUGCCCCCGAGGUGACCGACCUCCCAAUCCCUUAAUGUCUAGUGCUUCCCAGAUCUUCAACCCUGUCCCGAGUCUUCCCAGGGCACCUGUCUCAUAUUACCCGAGAACAAGUCAGUCUUGUCCACGUAAUGACAGAAGGGGACCUGGGGUUGGGGAAUUCUUGAUCCAAUCAUGCCGCUCCCCAGGAGACGUUCGGAACCCAGGACAUGUCGGGAUUGAGGAGAUACGAGGUGGCGCUGGAGGCGGAGGAGGAGAUCUACUGGGGCUGCUUCUACUUUUUCCCCUGGCUGCGCAUGUGGCGAAGGGAGCGGAGCUCGGCGCACCCUCGGGAGCAGAAGCUGGAGCCUCUGCGGGGCCUGAUGAGCUGUCUGUCGAGCGGCCUAGGCACUGCUCCCCAGCGCUCCGGCCGCAGCCUCCCCCGCCGCACCCCUGCAGCCACUGCCCAGCCAGCCGGCGCAUUAAAGAUUUAAACCAGAGCCACCGUGCCGCCCUCCUGACUCUGCCGCCGCUGCCGCCAUUCGGGCCGGGAGCCGCUGGCCACGCUGGCUGUUUCCUUACUGACAGGGCCUCUCUCCCUGAUAGAGUUCCCCUCCGUGUACAGGCUCCCAUUAUUCCUAACGGUCCCUCAUCAGAAUCAACAUCCCCUUACUAUCAAUGACUGCCUUCCACCACCUAACCCCUCACCCCGCCACACACACACUCAUCACUCUGAGUGCCCUGUAUGGAGGGAACUGAAUAACCCUGACCUGGUCCUCCUCCCAACCAGAUCCCCGCAUCCCUAAAUUCUCACAACCGCAGCUCUCUGCUGCCACCUUCCUGCUAGACAGGACUUUGCCAAGUGUCUGAAGAAUCUUCUCCUGGGAGAGGAUCUAAAAUAUUUUUCAAGUCCAUAGUUGUAGGAAGUAUGCUGUGAGAGGAGGGAAAGAUUUACAGAAGCUGUGCUGUCAGCCUGCCAUAGGGGAAUGACUUAGAACUGUUGAAGGUCUUUCCUACAGUUAACACCCCAGCUACUGGCUCCUCCAGUCUGAUCCCAGUUUUAAAGAUAAUGGACAUCAAGGAAUUCCCUGAUGGUCCAGUGGUUAAGAUUGUGUGCUCCCACCACAGGGAGCACAGGUUCCGUCCCAGGUUGGGAAACGAAGAUCCUGCAUGCCAGUGUGGCACGGCCAAUAAAUAAAUAAAUGAA